CAUCAAUUUGCAUGGAAACCAUACAGAAAACGAUGACAUUUGAAAGAGCCAACUGCGUGGGUCGUUUGCUAUUUGUAUAUAGAUAUAUAUAGAUAUAUGCAAUAUGCUGUCCAACCGAAACGAAACGAAAUGCAGUCGCCAAAUCGCAUUUGAAAAUGCCCAACAAAAAACUUGUUUAUUGGCUUAGACCCCUUAGCGUCGCCUCGCUGCAUGCAUAUUCGUCUCGUCUCGUCUCGUCUCGUGGGUCAAUGUUAUGUAAACCUGGUUCACUUUUUUUUCUUUAUUUAUAUUGUAUAUAUAUAUAUACAUUUCAUCUUCUUCUUCGUUAUUUUCUGGUAUUUUUUUUUACCACACACAUAAUACGCUCAACUUAUUACACAAAAACCCAAAUAACUCAACAAAUAUUUACGGACGCAGUCAACAGAAAUCGAUUCAAUUUUCCUCCCUACCUUGUUGUUGCUUUCUUUCCAUCUCUUUCUUACUGAAUAUAUCCAUCUCUUUCAUUUGGCGUCUAUGUGGAUUCGUCUUACUGGUUUGGCUGCACUGCAUUCCAAAGAUGCGAGUUGCGGACCGGACCCGAUAACAGAAAUAAAAGUGCAAAGCAGCCACAUCCAAGCCAUUCCAGCCACCUCAACAUAAAAAAUACAAAAAAAUGUCGCCAGACCAAAUUAAAAUAAUUUAACACAUAUAAUUUCGUGUAUUUUUCGCUUACAUCAUAACUCUUGUCAAAAGGUGGCCGAAAAAUGAGAUUGAAAUGAAAAUCGGGCAGCUCUAAUCGCAAAAUCACAUCAGCAGAAAAAAGAAGGGGGAGCUGGAAACUCAAAGAUAAUUCCUCAACUUGUAGUUUGCAUUUCCACUUAACUUUUUUUUAUGGUUUUGGCAAGAUUUAGUGACAAUAAAAAGAGUAAUAAUAGAAACGGAACUAGAUCGUUAGAUCGUUACUUUAUAUAUAUAAACAUAAUGGUUUCUUUAUUUAAAAACAAAAACAUUUUGAAAAUAACUUUUGGCUUUAUGCCAAAGUUAUGAUUCCUAAACUGCUCACCCUUAAAACUUACAAUAAAUCCAAAACUCCAAAACCUUCUCUGAUACCAUCAACCUCAUAAACCUUGUCUGUCUGACCCUUCUCAGAGGUGGCCGUAAGAUGAGAUUGAAAUGAAAAUCCGGCAGCUCUAAUCACAACAAGCGAUCGUCAGAAAUAAAAACCCCCCUCCCCACUGGAAGAAAGAAAAACUAAAUGAAAAUGCGUAAUCACAAGGAGAACGGAAAUGCCUCCGAAUUAAGCGAAUCCAAGGCUGUUGGCCAAAAGAACUUGGCCAAAAUGGAACCAGAGAACAACAAUAAGAUUUCGGUGGUGUCCAAGCUCCUGCUAAAGGAUAGCAAUGGGGCUAGCAGCCGGAGUAGCAACAGCAAUGCCAGCUUCAGUUCCGCAUCGGUCGCCGGUUCUGUACAGGAUGAUAUGCCGCUCCACCACAACAGCAGCCAGCUGGGUCAACAUCAUGGCUCAUCGUUGGAUCAGUGCGGAUUGACCCAGGCCGGUCUCGAGGAGUACAACAAUAGAUCCUCCUCGUACUACGAUCAGACGGCCUUCCACCACCAGAAACAGCCAUCCUAUGCCCAAUCCGAGGGCUACCACAGCUAUGUGUCAAGUUCGGAUUCCACAUCGGCCACGCCAUUUCUGGAUAAAUUACGUCAGGAGAGCGAUCUUCUGUCGCGCCAGUCGCAUCAUUGGUCGGAGAACGAUCUCUCCUCUGUUUGCAGCAACUCUGUGGCACCUUCACCCAUUCCGCUCUUGGCCCGCCAGUCUCAUUCACAUUCUCAUUCGCAUUCCAACUCACAUUCCCACUCCCACGGCCACGCCCACUCCUCCUCUGGCUCCUCUUCAUCCAAUACCAGCAACGGCAACGGCAACAGCGGUACCAAUAUUAACAACAACAGCUCGGAAAGCACUUCCUCUACGGAAACCCUCAAGUGGCUGGGCUCCAUGAGCGAUAUAUCCGAGGCGAGCCAUGCCACAGGCUAUAGCGCUAUUGCAGAAUCGGUUUCCUCCUCGCAGCUGAUUGUCCACAGCUCCCGGGUGCUGACCCCCAAGCGUCAUCAUAGCGAGAGCGUGCUGUACCUGCACGACAAUGAUGUGGCCCCAGCGAUCUCACCCACUGAGAGCACCUCCUCCAAGAUGAUCUCCGAGGAGGCAAGCGUUGAGGGUGCUUCGUUGGUGGUGCAGCCACUUCGCAUCCAGCACCGUCACAGUCCCAGCUAUCCGCCCGUGCACACCUCUAUGGCGCUACACCACUUCCAGCAGCAGCACCAGCAGCAGCAGCAUCAGCAGCAGGAUCACCAGCAACACCAACAACGCCACCUCAUUAACCAGACCAAGCUGAGCACACAAAGUUCCUUGCUGGAGUUGGCCUCGCCCACGGAUAAACCUCGCUCCCUCUUAGGGCAAUCGCAUUCCAUGGGCGAUCUCCAGCAGAAGAAUCAGAAUCAGCAGCUUGGAAGAUCGACUGGCCAGCAGCACAAGUCUAGCAUUUCGGUGACCAUUUCCAAUAGCGAAGCGGUGGUAACCAUUGCCCCACAGCCUCCGGCUGGUAAGCCCAGCAAACUGCAAUUGUCAUUGGGAAAGUCGGAAACUCUCAGCUGCAGUACACCCAAUAUUGGGGAGCAGAGUCCAACGAAUAGCAUCGAUUCCUAUCGCAACAAUCAUCGCCUGUUCCCGGUAAGCACCUACACGGAGCCGGUGCACAGCAACACCUCGCAGUAUGUGCAACAUCCGAAGCCGCAGUUCAGCUCCGGGCUGCACAAGUCCGCCAAACUUCCUGUGAUAACGCCAGCUGGGGCAACUGUCCAACCCACCUGGCACUCGGUGGCCGAAAGGAUCAACGACUUUGAGCGCAGCCAGAUGGGAGAGCCUCCGAAGUUUGCCUACCUGGAGCCCAGCAAGACGCACCGCCUCUCGAAUCCGGCUCUGAAAGCCCUCCAGAAGAAUGCCGUGCAAUCCUAUGUGGAACGACAGCAGCAGCAGCAGAAGGAGGAACAACAGCUACUGCGUCCGCAAUCCCAGUCCUAUCAAGCAUUGCAUGUGGAACGGAAAUCACUGCCGAAUAACCUGAGUCCCAUAUUGGUGGGUCUGCCCACGGGGAGUACCUCUUCGUCGACGCGUGACUGUAGUUCACCCACACCACCACCACCGCCACCUCGUGGUCGAAGUCUGCUGCCUAAUCUUCUGAGGCGCUCCAGUUCCGCCUCGGACUAUGCCGAGUUCAGGGAACUGCAUCAGGCUCAGGGUCAGGUCAAGGGUCCCAGCAUCAGGAACAUAAGUAAUGCCGAGAAAAUCUCCUUUAAUGACUGCGGAAUGCCGCCUCCACCACCGCCGCCACGAGGUCGUUUGGCUGUGCCCACCCGACGCACUUCCUCGGCCACGGAAUAUGCUCCCAUGCGGGACAAAUUGUUGCUGCAGCAGGCCGCCGCCUUGGCCCACCAGCAACACCACCCGCAGCAGCAUCGCCAUGUACCACCAACCCAUUUGCCACCCGAGCGUCCGCCCAAGCAUCCCAAUCUCCGGGUGCCUUCGCCUGAGCUCCCACCACCACCUCAGAGUGAGCUGGACAUAAGUUAUACCUUCGAUGAGCCAUUGCCGCCACCACCGCCACCGGAAGUUUUGCAGCCACGUCCCCCACCCUCGCCGAAUCGACGGAACAGCUUCGCCGGGGCAUCCACACGUCGCACCGCCUACGCAGCCCCACCACCGCCCACCGCUGGCUCCACAAUUGCCGCCGCCGCCAAGGUGCCACCGCUGGUUCCCAAGAAGCCAACAAGCUUGCAGCACAAACAUCUUGCGAAUGGAGUAGGAGGAGGCAGCAGUCGCAAGCGCCCGCACCACACGACACCGCAGCCCAUCCUCGAAAACGUUGCCAGUCCAGUGGCGCCACCGCCGCCCCUGUUGCCGCGUGCCAGAACCACAGCCCAUGACAACGUGAUUGCCAGCAAUCUGGAGAGCAACCAGCAGAAGAGAUCAAAUUCCAAGGCCUCGUAUUUGCCGCGCCAGAGUCUGGAGAAGCUGAACAACACAGAUCCCGACCAUGGCGUCUACAAGCUUACCCUCACCUCCAAUGAGGACCUGGUGGCCCACACUAAGCCCAGUUAUGGGGUGACUGGCAAACUGCCUAACAAUCUGCCAGAUGUCCUGCCAUUGGGCGUUAAGCUCCAACAGCAGCCAAAGUUGCAGCCAGGAUCGCCGAACGGCGAUACCAAUGUGACCCUGCGCUAUGGUUCUAAUAAUAAUCUGGCUGGGAACUCACCGACAGGUACCACGCCCAACUACUAUGGGCAGAGGUACUCAACUCCGGUUCUGAGUCAGGGCUACGGCAAGAGUCCGAAACCCGUGACCCCACAACAAUACACGAGAUCUCAGUCGUACGAUGUGAAGCACACGAGUGCGGUGACCAUGCCGUUAAUGUCCCAGUCCCACGUGGAUCUCAAGCAGGCCGCCCAUGACCUGGAGACGACGUUGGAAGAGGUACUGCCCUCUGCCACACCCACACCGACGCCCACACCGCCACGCCUCUCGCCGGCCUCCUCGCACUCAGACUGCAGUCUGAGCACCAGUUCCCUGGAGUGCACAAUCAAUCCUAUAGUGACACCGAUUCCUAAGCCCGAGGCGCACAUCUUCCGCGCCGAGGUGAUCAGUACCACCCUGAAUACAAACCCGUUGAUAACACCACCCAAGCCCGCGAUGAACCGCCAGGAAUCUCUGAGGGAGAACAUCGAGAAGAUCACCCAACUACAGUCGCAACUAAUGUCGGCGCAUCUCUGUGACACGGGUCUUAUAGGCGGCUACACCAGUCCCCUGAUAACCAGUCCCACUGCCAGUUUCGUCAAUGAACCAAUGAUGACACCGCCACCACCGCCCAGUCCGCCUCCCCUAGAAGAGGAGGAGGAGGUAGAGGAGAUGUGUGUGCUCGACAAAGAGCCCAAGAUCGAGGAACUGCAGCUGAUGCAGCGCAGUGAAUUGGUCCUGAUUGUGAACCCCAAGCCCAGCACAACGGAUAUGGCCUGCCAAACGGACGAACUGGAAGACAGGGACACAGACCUCGAGGCGGCUCGCGAAGAGCAUCCGACCAGGACCACUCUGCAGCCCCGCCAGCGACAACCCAUCGAACUGGACUAUGAGCAGAUGAGCCGGGAGCUGGUGAAGCUCCUGCCGCCAGGUGAUAAAAUCGCCGACAUCCUUACACCAAAGAUCUGCAAGCCCACCUCACAGUACGUGAGCAAUCUGUAUAAUCCGGAUGUGCCCCUGCGGCUAGCCAAGCGCGAUGUGGGCACCUCUACCCUAAUGCGAAUGAAGUCUAUCACAUCGCCCACCGAGAUUCGAGUGGUCAGUGUGGAGCUGCAGCUGGGCGAGCCAAGCGAAGAGCCAACAAAUUUAAUCAAACAAAAGAUGGAUGAGCUCAUCAAGCAUUUGAACCAAAAAAUUGGCUCUCUAAAACGUGAGCAGCAGACAAUCAGUGAAGAGUGUUCGACGAAUGACAAACUGGGCCAGGAUCUCUUUGCCAAGCUGGCGGAGAAGGUGCGUCCCAGCGAAGCCUCCAAGUUCCGCACCUACGUCGACGACGUGGGUCACAUCACCAGUUUACUUCUCUCGCUUUCCGAGCGUUUGUCCCAAACCGAGUGCAGCCUGGAAACGCGCCAGCAGGAAAAGGGCGCGCUGGAAUCGAAGAGGGAUCUGUUAUAUGAGCAAUUAGAGGAGGCGCAACGCUUAAAAUCGGAUAUAGAUCGACGUGGAACCAGCAUCGCCGGAUUACUGGGCAAAAACCUCAGCGCCGAUAUGUGCGCCGACUACGACUACUUCAUCAACAUGAAGGCCAAAUUGAUCGCCGAUGCACGCGACCUGGCCGAAAGGAUCAAGGGCAGCGAGGAGCAGCUUAGUUCCCUCAGCGAUGCGCUAGUCCAAAGCGAUUGUUAAACUGGCUAAUAGCUAUUGGCUAAUGGCCAACUUGGCCGAUUCGAUUCUCCCUGCUGUCAACUCAAAGUUGAGAGCCGAUCGAGAGAGUCUGCAGGAUCUGCCAGCCCAGUCCGCAAUGUGUAUUAGUUUAAAACGAUGUGCUUAAUUACCACACCCACACUAUAAUGUAUAAAUAUUGUAUGUUCAUUUGUGAUUUUCAACUAGCUAGUAGGUUAAUUAUUCUAUAUAUCGGCCGCAUAGGUGUAAGCAUUUUCUACAUAAUUAUCAAAGCAAAGAUAAACUGUAUGCAUUAAUAAAACUAUGAAAAUUA